UUACUGUCAGUUUAAGGAAGCAAAGUAAAGAAAACCACUAUCACAGCUCCCAGAGACCUUGGACACUCAAACCUUCAUCUAUCUGCUCUGCUAAUCGUUUAUAUCUGUAUCAUCUGUUGCUCACAGAUCAUUUUCAUCUUAAGCAGAAAAGUAUUCUCCCACUGAACUUGAGCUGCUCAGAAUACAAAUGCCGCUUACAUUAGAUUCUAAAAUCAAUAGGAUCCUUUCCCAAUCUGUAUUAAUUCCUCUCAGAUUGUCUCUCAACCUUUGAAGCUCUGCUUUCACUGCAGAAUGAAGAGGAUGUUGAAGGAGAAAGGACGUGAGGGGAAUCUGAGGGCAUUUAAACUUUGAGAUCAAGUGUUCUGCUUGAUGGGUGAAAUGUGCGGUUCUAGUUUGGAUAAAAUAAAUUCCCAGACUUUUAAAUGCCCGCUGUUGCGUUGAGUUUAGAAGUGCCGCACUGAAAGGGAACCACUGAUUUUGGCUUUCUUGUUGGUCGUGAUUAAUUUUCUCAAUGGACUGUGUGCCAUUUAAACACCUGGAGGUGGAACACAAAACACGCCAGAUCUCUGAUGCAAGCUGGGUGCUUACAAGAGCACGUGAAAAAUGACUUCUUUUUUUUUCCUUCCCAGAAAAUGAUGUCAUUGCAGUGAGUGGGUUAGAUUUGGGGAGCUGUCAUGUCAUAAUUAAAAGAGGAACAUACAUGAACAUAUGCAAAAGCUUGGAAACGGAGCUGAAUUAUGAGCAUUUCGGUGCUACCGCAGCCUCUGUGAGGAGGAGAUUGUAAAGCAAGCGCAUGAAAAUUGAGAAACGCAGAUGCAAGGAGGAAGCAUGAGUGUGCAUGCUGAUUGGGAUGAGAGUGCGUGGAGCUGCUGAGCUGCAGAACGUCCGAAUCCAGCAGAUGGGAAAGUCCACGUCCUGGCUUUGUGAUGAUCCGUGGGAGCAACAUGCAACUCGCGCCGCUGCCUCGCACUGCUGCAGUGGAGGAGUAAAUGCAGAGCCCGACACUGCUCCAGGUGAUCCACAGCAGCCCAGCAGACUGCUCCCUCCUCAGCCUUCCCUCUCCUCUUCUUCCUCCUUCUCCUUCUUUACCUCCACCUCUUCCUCCUCCACCUUUUCCUCCACUUCCUCUUCCUCCUCCUAUGUCAGCGCUCAUUUUUUCUGUGGGCUUUGGAAAAGAUAAGAAAGGAACAGGAAAAAAAAACACAGAGGAAGAAUCCUGCUUUCCCCUGCUGUUCUCAAAUGAGACACACCUCUGCAUGACUAUCAGCCGCUUCCCUGACAUCGUGUGAAGACGCGCUGCAUAUGUGCUCCAAUGUCUCUGGAACAUAGAGCUGCUGCAAGACCAGAAGUUUACAUCUUGGUCCCCACCUCGGAAGGUAAAUGAAGGCAGACGUCUCCCCCCUGCCAGGAACAUGAAGGGCUUAUCGGGCAGUCGUUCCCAGCAUCAUAUCCCUUUACCUCAUGGUUUGGACUACGAUCCCCACAUUCACGAUUUCCAUGGCCACCAUGGCUCUGACUCCCGCCACCCGUCAUACCUGCUCAGCCCCACAGAGAGCUGCCCCGUGGACUUCCACCACCGGUACUCGCCCCGAAGCUCCAUCCACUCUGACUGCAUGAUGAUGUCCCCUGUCAUGAUGCCCCCACCUGCCGCAUCAGACCACAUCUCCAGCAGCACCUUCCCCAGAAUGCACUACAGCUCUCAGUAUUACGACUCAGCCACCCGGGAAGACUGUGCUGCCAUCACGGCCUCCGCCACCUCGCCGGCUGUCGCUGCUGCGGCAGCCGCUGCUGCUGCCUCCUCCCACCACGCCGGCACUAAAAGCAAUCGCCUUCCAGCUAACCUGCUAGACCAGUUUGAGAAACAACUGCCACUUCACCGCGACGGCUUCCACACGCUACAGUACCAGCGCACGUCCACAACCACUGAGCAACGCAGCGAGAGUCCCGGCCGCAUCAGACACCUCGUUCAUUCUGUUCAAAAACUCUUCACCAAGUCCCACUCUUUGGAGGGGUCAUCCAAGAUGAAUGGCACAAAAGGUGAUGUAGGAGGUGGAGGAGCAGGGUCUUAUUACCAUCAUGGCCACCACUCCACCAAACAUGGCAGCAAGAGGAGCAAAAGUAAAGAACGUAAGCACCGCUCUGGAGGUUGGUGGAGCUCUGAUGACAACUUGGACAGUGACAGCACCUACCGCACCCCGAGUAUAAUGUCGAGACACCACGGGGAACAUGUCAGCCACUGCUACCCAGAAUCCAUGCACAGCCAUCACUUUGGUGAAAUGUCGCUCAAGGGCUCCAAGAGUAACAAUGAUGUCAAGUGCUCAGCCUGUGAAAGCAUGGCCAUGGCACCCGAGGGAAAAUUCAUGAAGAGGAGCUCCUGGUCGACACUAACAGUCAGCCAAGCCAAGGAGGCCUAUAGGAAGUCAUCGCUUAAUUUGGACAAACCCAUGAUGCACACCGACCUCAAAACGUCUUCACGAGCAUGUCAUUACCUUCAGGUACCCCAAGAUGAGUGGAGCGGUUACCCCGGUGACAAAGAUGAGGAGAUUCCAUGUCGCCGCAUGCGGAGCAGUAGCUAUGUCAAAGCUAUGGGGGAGCUGGAGGAUGAAAGCGGAGACUCCGACACGAGUCCUAAGACUUCUCCACAGGCAGCCAUUCGUCCUGAUGCUCUUGUCCUUAAAUCAGCCAUGCAGAGACCCCAUUUAGACUCCCAAAGCCAGGGUUACCACUUGCAAACCAGAGAUUUGCGGCCCCACCCAAGUGUCACGCUGGAUCCUGCCACCUCCUUUCAUCCCCCUCCUUUUCGCUCUCGCAACCAGAGCUACAUGCGUGCCGUUAGCACCCUCAGUCAAGCUAGCUGCGUCAGCCAGGUGAGUGAGACUGAGAUCAAUGGCCAGUUUGAGUCAGUUUGCGAGUCCGUUUUUAGUGAAGUAGAAUCACAGGCCAUGGAGGCCUUGGACCUGCCUGGUUCGUUCCGCACUCGAAGCCACAGUUACCUCCGUGCAAUUCAGGCUGGUUAUUCCCAAGAUGACGACUGCUUGCCUUCAAUGACAUCCUCCACUGUCACUUCAACUCUCAGAUCCACAACAGGCGCCCGUAGUUUAGCUGGGGGGCGUAGGGAGUACGGUAGGUCUGGGAUUCAGUUUCGUCUCCCUACUUCAUGCAGUGUGGACCGUGCUCAGCCACCUCCAGCAGUUUCAUAUCCUCCCAGUUACAAGAAGACCCCACCUCCUGUGCCCCCGCGCGCCACCACCAAGCCUCUUAUUUCUGUGACAGCCCAGAGCAGUACAGAGUCCACCCAGGAUGCCUACCCGGAAGGCAGGCAUUCGCGAGGCGGUCUGUGGACCACGGAUAGCCUUGGACGCCCUAUCUACAGCUCCAUGGACAGCCUGGACAGCACCAAGGCGGUCACCUUGGCCAUGGAAUCAGCGGCAGGCAAGAGGCAUGCGUUGGUGGGAAGUCACACCUCCGUCCAGACAUGUGACAAGGCGGUACUGGUAUCAAAGGCUGAGGAGUACCUCAAAACCCCACGUUCUUCUAUUGGUAUACAGGUGGAGACUGUGACAGACUCUGAGGCUGACAGUAAAGGUCUUCCUCAGUUUCACUCCAUAGGGAUCCAGGUGGAAGAUAGGAAAAGGCACGGGAGGUUCAAGCGUUCCAACAGUGUGACCACGGCGGUGCAAGCAGACUUGGAGCUGGAAGGCUUUCCCUCCAUGGAGGACAAAGGCCUGCAGUUCGGUGGCGCCUUCGGACGCCACUCUGAGCCCAGCACACCAACUCAGUAUGGAGCCAUCCGAACUGUCCGCACGCAGGGUCUUUUUAGCUACAGGGAGGACUACCGGCCUUCCAGUGGGCGCUCCAGCCCCCAGCCUGAACCCUGGUUGGUGGAACCCAGCCUGGAGAGCACUGACUCAGGCCGAGUAUCCCCCCUCCGGAGGGAUGGCAGCUGGUUCAUGCAACUCCUUCGCAAUGAAACAAAGAGGCUUGAGGAAUGGUGCAAAGAGAUGGAAAGAGAAGCAGAGGAACAUGACCUGUCAGAGGAGAUCCUAGGAAAAAUCCGGAGUGCAGUUGGAAGUGCUCAGCUACUAAUGUCUCAAAAGUUUCAGCAGUUUUACUGGCUGUGCCAACAGAAUCUGGACCCCAGUGCCAUGCCUCGACCCACAUCUCAGGACCUGGCUGGAUUCUGGGACCUUUUGCAGCUUACCAUUGAUGACGUCACUGCCAAGUUUGAUGAGCUGGAGCAGAUCAAGAGCAACCAGUGGCAGCUGGUGGAGAGCCCCGAAAAGAAGGAGCAAAAGUGGCCCCCACCUCUGCCAAAGAGGCCAGCCAGGGGCCGUGGUGGUAUGAUGAGGGAGCGCUCUCUUGACCUCCAGGACCGCCAGCGACAGGAAGCCCGCAGACGCCUCAUGGCUGCCAAACGAGCAGCUUCUUUCAGACAGAACUCAGCCACGGAGAGGGCGGACAGCAUUGAGAUCUACAUCCCAGAGGCCCAAACACGGCUUUGAGGUCCACACAAUCCUCCUUAGCUCCUGUAGUCCAUCUCCAUCUGACACCAGCAGGUCGCGGCACAACAUCUGCCCUAUAUCUCCUGUUUGCUGAAUUUUUUUACAUGCUGUCCUGGCUGUCCCUGAAAAGAAAAUACACUAGGCAAAGAUUUUAACAGAAAAUGUUAUCCCUUUUUUAUCUACAUAAAUGACAACAGUGAUGAAUGAUCAAAUGCAGCCAUCUUAAAGACACGGGAGUCUGAUUUUUGACCACAUUGUUAAGCCCCGAUAAUCUGGAAUAAUGAUACAGCAAACAAUUUUUUUCAAUUUUCAUUUGAUAUUCUUCAGCUAAAAGUCACCAGCCAAACAUAAUAAAUACAGAGGUUGUUAAUGUCCACAAAAUCUACCUUUGCCAACUGUAUCUUAAAGAUCACAGGGACAUUUGCCAAUGGCUGAGAACAAGCUAACAUAAAGUAAAAUAACAGCUGCCCGAAUUAAAUCAAUUUUCAGACUUCUUUUGUCUUUUUUGGUCCACCUAAAUUAUUGCUGUUCCUGAACUGUGUCAAAGGACAAAAACACUUUUUUUUCCAUUCAGAGAAACAAAGCGCUACUUUCCCCUGGUGGCAACAAUGGUCUGUGGCUGAAGCACCCUUUGUGUUUCCUCUAUCACUCAAAGUUACCAUAUUAUUUCUUUGCAGUAUAAUUUUAAAUUUCUUUGCUUUUUCCUUAUUAUUAUUUUUUUAAAUACGGUGAAAACCUGAAGAAGAGUUUGACUUUUUAAAAUUAAGCGUUCAAUUUGCCAUGGUUGAUGUGGCAAGUACUUCACAUAUUUUUCUUUGAUCGUUCUUUAAUCAGUCGUGCUGCAGCCAUUAGCCAUUGUUGCCGGCUAGGAUUUAAAAAAAAUAAAUAAAUAACACUAAAGAAUCCAUCCAGAAAUCAUUUCCAUCCCUGCAAUACCAUUCAGUCUUAGGACUUUUUUAAAGACGUGUGAAUUACUAGCUGCUGUCCACAUUUCCACUGCAGAACAAAUAUGAAUUAUUAACAAAAAAAAAAAGAUUUACACAGCCUGAAAAAGGUUAUUUCAACCAAUGCAUUUUGCACCUUAUAAUAUUCAUGUUUGUAUUUCCAAGGGAAAUGUAGUUUAUGACGCUCAUGUGAUAUUGUUGCAGUUGAAUUGCAAGAACAGAGAUGAAAAAUCUACUACAGAAUUUCAUAUAUAAAUAUAUAUAUAUAUCUAUAUAUAAGUUGUAGAAAUUGCACCUUGUUUCCUUUUUUUAAUGGCAUUAAUGGCACUUUUAAGUAAGCUUUUAUGAUUCUAACACUUUUAAUUCUACUUAUAGUAUCUAUCAUAAGACCAAUUUCAGAGUUUAUGCUAUACAUUUACUAUUUCCGGUAAUAACAGGCAUUGGUUGAUAUGACAGAUCGUCUGUCUGGUUAUUAAGUAAUAUUUCUUAGCUGAGAGUUUCCAUUCUGCACUGCAUCUGACUUUCUGUUCUCGUUUGAUCUGCUUGUGUAGUUCUAGGGAAAACAGGUGCAAAUGACACUUUAACAAUAUUCAGUUACUAUAAUAAAUGGUGCUGCUUUUUACUCUAAAACUGUUGUCCCUCACCCAGUCCUACACACACACACACACGCACACCCACACACACACACACACACACAAAUAACAGUACUUUUUACACUGAGAUUUAUUAACAUGUCUCCCCGAUGGUUGAGUGUGACAAUUUUGCAAUGUUGUUACUUUCAGUGAAUUAAAUGAGGAGACAGUUGUUUUAGUUCAGAUUGUUGCCCAGAAUAUAGUAAAGGGAGUUUUACUGAGAUGAAUAACAUUAUUAUUACUAUUAUUAUUGAGCAGGAGGGAAAACAGGUUUGACAUUCCAACAACUUUUAAAAUAAAAUUAAGGAUACAUCAUGGUUUUUAUUUUUCCUCACACUUCCAGUUCAUUCCCACUCAUCUCCAUUUGCCAGUCCAACCUCGGAUAAUUAAAACAAAUGCUGAGGUUGCCACCAUGAUCAUGGUGGGUUAGAGUGUUUCCUGUUUUAAUCUUAACACGUUCAGCGGUGGGGAGCAGUCUGCGUUCUCUGUAUGAGGUGGUGAAAAGUUAAGAGGGAUAAUGACACUAUUUAAUUAUAAUUUCUACUGGCAACAAGGCUCAGCAUGAGCUGGACUAUUUUACUCCAGGAUGAGUGCGCUAAAUCUGAAACCUUUACCCUAUGGCCUUACCAAAACACUAAUGAAUGUAGAGAUGACAUUGAUGCAAAAAAUGUCCCAGGAGAUUGGGGAUUGCAAAAAUUUCAAAUAAAUACAAUGGGAUGACAGGGUGUUUUGAUUUCGUUUGUUUGUCCAUGCAAAUUGUUGUAUAUUUAAUUUCCAGUAUGAAACAGGGCAAACAUAUUAUUUACUUUUUAAUGAGUUGAAUUUUGUUAGCUCAUGAAUGAGCAACUGGGUAUUGAGCCUGAACUCACAAAAAAAGUGUAGCAUUUUUAGAACAUCGAAAGUUUAGAACGAGUUCACAGAAAAUGCUCAAACAAAGUAAAUAGAUUAAACUUUUUUCAGAUAUAUCAUUAACUUUGCUACAGUGCUUUACAGAAGUAUGUACACCCCUUACACUCCUUGGAUAGUAUAUUUUACACAUAUAAAUCUGCAAAUUGGCGCACAUUUGAAUUCAGCCAUUUUAUUAUGAAUUCCAAUAUAAGGCCUAGUUAAAACCUAAAGUCAACUAAAAAUUGUUAUUCACAAACAAUCCUUCCACAGCUGUAUUUAUUUGAUGGCAACUGGCUGAACUAAAUCUAUUUUGGGGUUUAUCAGAGUAGAUAGAAAAUUACCUUGACAUUUUUCGGGUGUUAAUUUGUUUCAAAAGUGGAAAGCCACAAAUCACUUUCCUUCUACUUUAAAACAAUGUCUUGGUCUAUCACAUAAAAUCCUAAUAAAAUACACAGUUACUGAUCUGUACAUACAUUAUAAAUAUGCUUAUUACAAAUAUUUUUACAUUAUUUAUUUCAGGUUGUGUUAACUACUUUAAAGGUCUAAUUUAAGCAAAAAACAAACAAACAAACAAUAUAUUUUAUAGAUGUGUGCCCACUAUAGAAUAAAGGGAUCGCAGCAUACAUUUGCUCAAUAAGUCCAGUGCAUUAUAGACGUACAAUAAACUGUUAAGAUGGUAAGGGCUUAGUCUUUACAGGUCGCUUUUUUUUUUUCAACAUUAUUGUUUAUAUUACUUUGCUUAAAAUGAUUUAUGUUGUGGCAGAGUGGUAGAGAGGGAAAAAAACACACAAUGCCAUUUUUUCAAUUAUUUUGAGCAUGAUUUGAGAUUGGUUGUGUUUCUUAUGUUUGAAUUAGACACUAAAACAAUGUAAUGUAAAAUACUUACAAUUUAUCACAUUAUGUUUUUAAAAUUUGGUCAAGACCUUCAAUGAACACAUUUGCUUCCCAAAAAUGUGAGAACUUAUGCAAAAGGUUUUUCAGAUCAUAGUGGCCACUCUUACUGUCAUCCGAAGCUUUACUUCCUGUUUAGUCUUUCAUCUUCAUUUCUCCCUGGUUGUCUUUAUCAACAUCUCAACUCAUCUUGUAGAAGGACGCAUCUGCUGAAAACACCACAGUUGUUUAAUCUCGAUUGAGCGACGGUUGACGGGCUACUUUUACAAUCUAACUGCUCUUCCACCUGACUGAAGUCAGACAAAGUCUACUUCCCACAGACUGCAAACUGUGACUCCAUCAUGUCUACUGCUGCUGAUCUGGUGGCCUCUAUCACCAGUGCAGGUUUUAAAUUAAAUUAAGAUUAAACUGAGCUUCUCACAGCUUUAAAUUCGUGUUUCUGUUUUACUUGCGUGACAGUUGGUAUGAGUCAAAUCUGUCAUUAUCUUUCCUCCUUUGGGACAUUGUGUUCUGGUACUUUAAAAGAGGUGGGACUGAGACGCAAGAGCAAAGUGAUAAGGAUUAUCUCGAAAUACACUCACAACUUCAUAGUGUUUUGAGUGAAAAAUCAUGUCACUUCAGCUGCUUUCACAGUUGGACUGAAAUCCUGACACCAGGAUGUUCUUAGAAGUUACAGGGACAGUGUUGGAAAUGACUACGCAUCUACAGUAAUACAUUGUAAGGGGUAUAAGAUACACAAUUACAAUAUCAGAAAUCACACAAAGUGUUUCUUGUAGUAUUUUGCAGGGACGUUAUAAUAUCAUGGUGCCAUUUUCGUACCAUUAUCUUUGAGUUGCUAUAAAUGUUUCCUGUGUUUUUCAUCACUCUCCCAACCAUUUUAUAUGGGGCUUAGAAGUUGGGCAACUAUGUACAUGACAAAUCCUCAGGUGCCUUACAGUUUGAUUCUCUUAGGACUGAGCAAAUGAUUUGGUUUGAGGUUUGUGAAAGAACUGCAAGACCUUUUAGAGUUUGUACCUUCAUAAAGGGCUGGAAACUAUAUGCUUGGUUGGAUCACAGAGUUAAAAGUGGAACAACAUUUACAUUUGCCUGUUUCAGUUGUCCUGAUUUAGCACAAUAUAGUCUAGAUAAAAGACAUCAAAGAAGAGAAAUUGCUGACGUUUAUUCUGGUCACAAUUCAAUGUAUUUGGUUCAGACCUUAGUAAAUGUGUUAGUAUAAUUUCAAAUACUUUUUGAUUCCAUAUAUAAAAAACACUUUAAAAACUAAUCAAAGGAAGGUAAUUGUUUCAGAUUAUAUUUUUUCAUUCAUAAGUGUCUUUACUGUCACCUUCUGUUUGCCCAUUUUGGAAUCUUGGUGUAUAUUAGAGUUGGAGGCUGGACCAGCUGAAAAAAGUGCAAUAGUAUUUUAUUACAAUGACAGACAGGCUGGCCUGGAGCUAUUUACCUCAUGGUUGAGUGUUUUAGCGAACGUUAUUAGGAGCAGUUAUAAGCUCCACGUGAACGCUUUUUCAUGCCUGUGUACUAUGCAGCAGUGCCUCUGCAGGGUGGCUGAGGUUGCAGGCCUCUGUGCAGAUUGAACUUCAUACAAGAGACCGCUAAAGGCACCAUGUACAUUGGGAUAAAUGCAUCAGAAGGAAACACAACCAGAAUGGGAUACAGCUAAUCUGCCAGUUGGUAUUUAGUUUACACUGAUAUAAAAUGUUUAACAUUUAAAUAUCGUUCAAGGACUCACAAGAAUAGGUCCUUAUAGAGUUGCUACCCAUAUUUUUUAUCCAUAUCAAAAGCACCAUAUUUUAGAUCAUUUCACUGAAGUUAAACCUCACAGAAGUCUAGGUGCUGAAAUAACCAUCUUAUUGUAUUACAUGUUGGUUUUAUUUUAUUUUAUGUUAAUAUUUGACUAAUUAGUAAACACCAAAACCAUCCAGUGCACAUAAACUUUAGAUCAGCAGUGUAAUGGCAUAUUCUCUACUACUCAGUUAAGUUUCAGCUCAUGAUUUUGAGGAUUUUUGUAAACUCAUUCAACUUUCAUUAUUUCCAACAUUGUUGCUCUACAAUAUUCUUGUUCUGUUUUCAUAAUUCACAUGAUGACAUCAGAACUCGUUUCUGUCCAAGCAUCAAGCAAAUAUGAACAUUUACUGUGAGGCUCGUGUAAACCUCAUCUCUAUGUAUGAGUGUUUCUGCCUUUCAAGCAAUAACCCUCAUUUAAGUGUUACAAAUGUUUUUGUGUUGGUUUCUGAAGUCAAAGGAAUAUUUGAUGAUUCCUUAGCUGGUUAAAGAAUAGUUUGUCACAAUAGGUUGUAUGCCUAUUUCACUUUAUUUGAUCAGAAAAGACUUCUGUUAAACACAUCUCCUGUGAACUUAGAAAAGUUACUGAUUUGUUUAAAGGUUGUUGUUUUUUUCAAUUGCUAGCCUACCACAUAACAAAUGCAAUCAUGUAAAACCAAUACUUGGUAUUCAACAAUGUGGUAAAAGAGUAUCGGUCGCCUAAACUCAUCAUCGGGAUGAAUGUCAUAUUAUGUUUUAGCUUUUAGUGAUUUAGUUACAUACAUCAAUGCCUUUUAAACACAAGCGCUGGGUGCCUGAGUUUGAAUUGGAUAUUUAAUUUAAUCCAGAAAGAAUUAUACAUACUUAAGCCCUAAUGUAGACACAAGUAACAUAACGCACAGCUGCUUUUUGGAUAGCUUUUCCAUAGUAAGUUGCAUAGAAACCAAAUUUGUUUUGUAGGCAUCGAUCACAUCAUAAUUCUAACUGGCAACGUGAUCAAUCCAUUUAUUGCAAAAUGUAGAGAUUGCACAGAUCAAGCUUUUAAACAUGCCCCAUAAAUUUUAAUCAAAGUCAAAGCUAUUUCAUAAGAACAAUGCUAUCCUGCUUAAUCUACUAUAAUGUCUUGUUCAGUCAACUGUGUCUAAGUAUCAACCAUUUGGCUGUUAAGGUGAGGUAAGAUUUAGGAAUUUAAAGCUAGUAAUCUGCCUUAUUAAUUCCACCAACUUUUUACAAUGCUUAAGUACGACCGGUAGCAAAAACAGCUCCACAGCCCAAUACUACCACCUCCAUGCUGGGCAGUUGGCACAGUGUUCUUUGACUAGUGCUCCUGGCCAGCACUAGACAAAGUGUCUAUGAUGAUAUAAAACUAGCUUCAUUAUAGAUCAGGGCAGGUGUUCCAGCAUUUCCUAGUUUAUGAUACACUGUAGCCUGGUGGUUCUUGUGUUCUUCUUGAACAUGCUUGCCAAUCACUUUGCAACUGAACAUUACAAAUCGGGUCAUAUGAUUGAAAUUUGGAGACACAUUAGUGUUCUGGCAGGACAGAGAUCCGAAACACAUAUCAAUUUAGUUGGGGAAUAGAUGGAGCAGAUUAAAUUAGGUCCCUGAAAUGGUCUCAAAGCUAAACCCUGCUGUAAAAUUAUGGACCAUGUUUGAACGCCAGGUCCCCGGCAGGAUAACAAAUCCAGAAAAGUACUCAAAUAUUCUCAUAUUGUCUAUGGGUACAUGAAAAUGGCUGUGGUCAAGGUGCAACAUGUUAAAAGUUCCUUUGCUAAAUAAUGGUGCCAGUGCAUGUAUAUAUUUAAAACUGUUUAGUUCUGACUGUGAAGAAUAUAAACAAAUCUACAAUAAAUUCAAACCUGUGCACCCAGUUCUUGUUUAACAUUACGUAAUAUUUUUUUGUAUGGUGGAGAAAGGAACAACUCAAACACAUCACUAACAGCCACAUCCACGAUGACUGCAUGUCAACUUUAGACCAAAGCUCUACAAGUAGGUUACUUUUUGAAAGGGCUAGCAAUUUAGCCAGCUCCAAGUCCUUAUGCUAAGCUAGGAGAGGUGCUAAUUUAAUAUUUCCCGCACAAGACAUAGUGGUGUCAAAGAUCAACACUGAAUUGACAAACUAUUCUUUUCACCAGGCAGCAUUAGGAUUAAUAUCCACAAGUUUGUUUUGUGUAAUUUAUUUUAUUAUAUUUGGGGUUUUUUCGUUGCAGCUUCAGUGUCCAUCUGUGUAAUGGGCCUGACUAAAUGUACAAAUCCAGCACUGACUCUGAGGGGCACUAAUACUAGUCAUAUUAUAACAGUUCUACCAGAAUUGCACAUUAUGUAAUUUGGAUAUAUUUUGUGUAUAAAUAUGAAACUGCUAAAGAAAACAUAUUUUUCAGUGUUUUAUGAAGAGAUAGAACAGACACCGUUUUGUUUGACUUUGGUGGAGAAAUGUGUUGUGGGUUAUGGGUAGAAAAAAACCCCCUAAAAUGACAUCAAAACCAUCAGAUAGUAUAUACAGGUUUGUGGUUA